GACGUUUCAUCGUCAGCCGGAAGGUUCCGUGGUGGUUGUUGGGGUUCCAGCUGGUCCCACCUGUGUGGCAAGUUGGAAGGGCUAAGGGUCUUGUUCCCCAUAUUUGCUUUCGGAAGUCGGGUACUCAUUGUCCCGUUUCAGUCAAUUCCUCUGACCGAAUCCUUCUCUGGCGGAGUGGGGCAUUUUCGGAGGCUGUGGCGUUCACUCUGUCCAGAUAUCACCUUUUAAGGUUAUAUUAAAUUGUCAGGAUGGUGUUAGCAGAUCUUGGAAGAAAAAUAACCUCAGCACUACGAUCAUUGAGCAAUGCCACCAUUAUCAAUGAAGAGGUUUUAAAUGCUAUGCUCAAAGAAGUCUGCACAGCCUUAUUGGAAGCUGAUGUUAACAUUAAGCUGGUAAAGCAGCUCCGAGAAAAUGUCAAGUCUGCUAUUGAUCUUGAAGAAAUGGCAUCUGGUCUAAACAAAAGAAAAAUGAUUCAGCAUGCUGUAUUUAAGGAACUUGUGAAGCUUGUAGACCCUGGAGUUAAAGCCUGGACACCCACCAAAGGAAAACCGAAUGUUAUUAUGUUUGUUGGGUUGCAGGGUAGUGGUAAAACCACAACAUGUUCCAAGUUAGCCUAUUAUUACCAGAGAAAAGGUUGGAAGACUUGUUUGAUAUGUGCAGACACAUUCAGAGCAGGAGCUUUUGACCAGCUAAAACAGAAUGCUACCAAAGCAAGAAUUCCAUUCUAUGGAAGCUAUACAGAAAUGGACCCUGUGAUCAUUGCCUCUGAAGGUGUGGAAAAAUUCAAAAAUGAGAAUUUUGAAAUUAUUAUUGUUGAUACAAGUGGUCGUCAUAAACAAGAAGAUUCUUUGUUUGAAGAAAUGCUUCAAGUAGCUAAUGCUAUACAACCUGAUAACAUUGUUUAUGUAAUGGAUGCCUCCAUUGGUCAAGCUUGUGAAGCACAAGCUAAAGCUUUCAAAGAUAAAGUAGAUGUAGCCUCUGUAAUUGUGACAAAACUCGAUGGCCAUGCAAAAGGUGGUGGUGCACUUAGUGCAGUUGCUGCUACAAAAAGUCCAAUAAUUUUCAUUGGGACUGGUGAACAUAUAGAUGACUUUGAACCUUUUAAAACACAGCCUUUCAUCAGCAAACUUCUUGGUAUGGGUGAUAUUGAAGGACUAAUAGAUAAAGUCAAUGAAUUGAAGUUGGAUGACAACGAAGCACUUAUAGAAAAGCUAAAACAUGGUCAGUUUACUUUGAGAGAUAUGUAUGAACAAUUCCAAAACAUCAUGAAAAUGGGCCCAUUCAGUCAAAUAUUGGGUAUGAUCCCUGGUUUUGGCACAGAUUUUAUGAGCAAAGGCAAUGAACAAGAGUCAAUGGCAAGGCUAAAAAAACUAAUGACAAUAAUGGACAGUAUGAAUGAUCAAGAACUUGACAGUACAGAUGGUGCAAAGGUUUUCAGUAAGCAACCAGGAAGAAUCCAAAGAGUAGCAAGAGGAUCAGGUGUUUCAACAAGAGAUGUUCAGGAGCUUUUGACACAAUAUACUAAGUUUGCCCAGAUGGUGAAAAAAAUGGGUGGUAUCAAAGGACUUUUCAAAGGAGGUGACAUGUCAAAAAAUGUAAGCCAGUCCCAGAUGGCAAAAUUGAACCAACAAAUGGCUAAAAUGAUGGAUCCCAGAGUUCUUCAUCACAUGGUGUGUGACUUUCUUGGAGAGAAGAUUGCAUCACUUCUGGGUAUCAGCACCCCAAAGUAUCAAUAUGCGAUUGAUGAAUAUUACCGGAUGAAGAAAGAGGAGGAAGAAGAAGAAGAAGAAAAUCGAAUGUCUGAAGAGGCAGAAAGACAGUAUCAGGAGCAGCAGAAGAAGCUCCAGGCUGACUCUAUUGUUCAAAUGAAUCAGCCAGAUACUGUGGCAUCAAGUUCUUUUGUUAAUCUCAAUUUUAAAAUGGAUGGAGACUGUGAAGUAACUAUGGAAAAUAAACAAAAUCUUACUCCUAUUGGCCACAACUUAGAAUAAAACAACUUAGCAAAUUUCAAACUCCAGGGUAUUUUUUUUUUAAUUUAAGGAAACUUAUGGAGAAAUUUAUAUCUAAAAUUUUGUUAAAAGGGAUAAUUCUACGUGAAGUCCAAGGUUACACAACUAUUAAGUGUCUGAGGCUAGAUUUUAAUUCAGGAUAAUUUAGGAUGUCUCUUAAAGAAUCCAGUCUGUCUAGUAAACAGCAGUUUUCUUUCAAACAUAUGAUUGAUUAUAGACAUAAGUAUAGGCUAAAGCUAAUUAUCUAACAAAUAUCAUAUAUAAAAACAGCAUAAGAUCUUUUGUUUAAAUGUCUUAUGACAAUAGGAAAACAUGUCAUUUUUUGUUUAUAACAUGGCAAGGAAGAUGGUGAACUGAAUUUGUAUUCCUAAAUUUUCUAAAUAAAAUUGGAUUUUUUAAGAUAAUAUUUUAAAAUUUGUAUCCAUAUUUAUAUUGAUUCUAAUUAAUAUAUUAUUAGAAUUACUUUCUUCAGUGCCUAAAAUUUGGUCUUAGAACAAGAUGGAAACCAUUUUUUCUUUUAGUUUAGAAAAAUUCAUAUUCCAUGGAAAAUAACAUUUGGUUAGAAUGGAACUGUUCAUUUCUGUUCUCAAUUUAGGUUUCAAGAUUAAUUUUGGCUUGUUUAAACCUCCUUAAUCUUGAUUUUUUUCUUCAUAGUAGAAUUAGGGACCAAAUCAAAUUUUGUCUCAUUUCAAAUUGAAAAAUACUUUUAAUACAAACUGUAAAGACCAUUAGCAACUGAAUAAAUUACAAUGAGCAUAUAAAAGCAUAUAGAGAUUUCUCAGAAAGAUUCCAGAUUUUGGCAAUGAAGUUUUUGCCUUUAUCCCGCUUCUUUGUUUUCCAGUGGCUAGAAGUGAUUAAUAUUUUAAAUUAGUAUAAUCUGUCCAUCACCCACCAUGUUAUUUGCAAAUUUCAUAUGGGUCUAAGAAGUUACUUUUGACUAUGUGCUCAAAUAGGUAAUCAGUACAUAUGUGAGAUUUAUUUUUGACAGUCAUUUAUAACUUUAAGAAACGCAGGGACAGGAAAGAAUGAGUGAUGUGUUUUAUUAAAUGCUACUUUUAAAAUCCAGUCUUUCUAAAACACAACAAAAAACUGAAUAAGUUUUUAGAGGGCCAAUUGUUAAGACAUACAAAUAAAAUUAACCAAACAUUCAGUCUUCCAUUUAAAUAAGGGUAAAAGUCAAAACAACUAUAAUUGUAGAUCUUUUAGAUCUGCUGUGAAAACCUGCUCUUCCUGAUCUUUGUUUUUCUAUCAUUUUUUCAGUUGUGUCUGACGCGCUUUGUGACACCAAUGGAGGUUUUCUUAGUAAAGAUACUGGAUUAGUUUGCCAUUUUCUUCUCCAGAUCAUUUUACAGUUGAAGAACCUGAGGCAAACUAGGUCAAGUGGCUUGCCCAGAGUCAAGCUGAUAGUGUCUGAGGCCUUAUUUGAAAUCAGGAAGAAGAGUCUGUCUGACUCCAAGCCCAGCACUCCACCUACCUGCCUCUCAUUCCUGAUGUAUUGUCACAAAGCACUUGAAUUGCAAUUUGAACAAGAAAUCUGAAGAAGGGAUCAAAUUUUUAUCCCUACUUAUUUUCUGUCCUCAGAAAAAUUGUCCUAUUUUUAAAGCAGAUUUCAAUAGAAUAAAGGAAAAUCCAGAUUUGACAUCUAAGCUUUCUCCCUUUUUACCACUUUAUAAUUUAUAAACUUUUUUAAAACAUCAAUUACAGAUAGAAUAAUAAGUGGUACUUUCUCUUCCUAAUGAUAUAGAUUGCUUAAAGCACUAACUUUAUAUUUGACAAUUCCUUUCUUUCAAAAAUAAAUUUUCCCUUUAAGUUCUGGUUGUAGGGUAGUGACUAGUAAUUUCCCCUCCCACCUCAACUUCUUAAACUUAGACAUUAUACCACAAUCAAUCAAGCAUUUGUCCUAUUGUUGAAAGCUAGCAACAGAACUGUGACUUUAAAAUUAUGUAUUUGCGAACUUUUAAUGUUAAGAUGUGAAAUGUCCAGAACUGUCUUUUUGUACUACCUUCACUAUGAUCUGGCAGGCCCUUGUCCUAACUUUCUAUACAAUAUAUUUAUGUGCCUUAAAAGGUAAUACUUAGUAUGUGCAAAUUUUAUGAAAUGGUUAAAAUGAUUGCCUGUUAAUUCAUUAAAUUGCUUUACCUGA